AUGUUAUACAGAUUCACACUUUUCUACUUCAAGUUUCCAAAAGUGAAUACCGACAUUAAAAUACUAGAAACAGAAGUAAACAAUUUAAUGAAUGUUAACUCAGAAUAUGUCGUCAAAUACGCAAUGUAUUGGUUUGAAAAAGAAAAGAAUUAUAAUACAAUAUAUAUUAUAACCGAGUUAUGCGGAGAAAGUUUGCGAACAUUAUUAGAACUAAAAGGCCCGGCAUUUGGCCGCCAAUCGGCCGAAGAGGCCAUGAAUUUGUCCGAGUUUUUCAUUUCGUGUCAUAUUUUCAAAGAGCUGUUGGAAUGCAUACAAUGUUUGCAUGAUUUGAGUCCAGCAGUCAUUCAUAGAGAUCUUAAACCCGAUAACAUAUUGGUAUCACUUAAUCCCCAAAACGGCCGGUAUUUAAAACUAUGUGACUUUGGUUUAGCGGUAUUACACGAGGGGUCAAGUGUUAUAAGACAUACGGGUUGUGUGGGCACAAGUAUUUAUAUGGCAACUGAAGUGCGACUAAACAAAGACUACAACACAAAAGCGGAUGUCUAUAGUCUGGCAACAUUAAUAGCAAUGACAACACGAAUACCAGAUAAUAGACCCGAUUGUCGACAAUCAUUUUACAUUUUCGAUGACAUCAACGGACAUAAUAUAUUGUUUAUUACAAACGAUGAUAUGGUUUACGGCAUGGGAUCUAAUUAUUACGGAUCACUCGGUUUGGGACACAAUAGGGCUGUCAAUACACCGCAUAUUAUACCAGGAUUAUGUCUACAAAACAUUCAACAAUUUAUUUGUGGCAGUGAUAUUUGUUGCGGUUUUCAUCAUUCACUUGUGCUGACCAGUGAUGGCUGUGUCUACGGAUGGGGCGCUAAUAUGUUUGGACAGUUGGGUUGUGAUAGUCAUAAUUCAUCGUUUGCCGUCACAACUGAUGGCCGAGUGUUUAGUUGGGGUCAAAAUGACUGCCAUUUGGGACACAAUACAAACCAAAACCAAAACAUUUCCAGAUAUAAACGCUUAUACAAAGAAUUGUCUGAAUUGGGUUCGGGAUGUUUUGGCACAGUUUAUAAAGUUAAACGUAUAAUUACAAACGAAAUAUAUGCGAUCAAAAUGGUUGAUUGUCCAGAUGUUAACAAUGAAAUGCCUGAUAUGUUACGAACGUUGUCAAACAUUUUCACCGUAAAUCUCGUCAAAUAUCACGAAUUUUGGCACGAAUCGUCAAUAUUAUAUAUUAAGAUGGAGUUGUGUUUCGGGAGUUUACAGACAGUCCUAUCGCUGAAAGGCCCGGUGUUUGGCCGCCACUCGGCCGACGAAGCCAUGAAUUCGUUGGAGUUUUUGAUUUCGUGCGAAAUAUUUAAAGAGUUGUUGGAAUGCAUACAAUGUUUGCAUGAUUUGAGUCCAGCAGUCAUUCAUCGGGACCUCAAACCCGAGAAUGUGUUGAUCGCCGCAAAUGACAGCAAAUGGUUUCUAAAACUCUGUGAUUACGGAUUGACAGAUAUUUUUAAAAACCUGUCGUAUAAAAGAGAUGCGAAAUAUUUAUCGCCCGAAGAAACUAAUGGACAAAUUGUUGAUUACAAGACAGAUGUUUACAGUGCGGCCAAAAUCGCACAAAAUAUAUUUGAUAUUCAAAUGACAGGAGAUUUACAAAAGCUGUAUUCGUCGGACAAACUUCUGUAUAUAUGUGUGACUGAAUUACAAAAAGUGUUGAUUUCUAUGCAAUCGUUGGAACCCAAAGAUAGACCCGAUUGUCGACAAUUAUUGAAUUUCAAAAAUGAGAGUAAUAAUAUAUUCUGGGUAACCAAAACCACCAUCUUAGUUACCUUAGAGUCACUGUUAGGACUUGUGUGUUGGUCUGAAUUAUCGAUGAGACAAAACUCGGGAUACGAUAUAGAAGUGUUUAAGAAGAGCGGAGAGAAGUGUAGAAUAUAA